AGUACCUUGGAUACGUUCCUAAUGUAUUCGAUUACUAAUUUCAGCUUUUUAUGAGAUCUUUUAGCAAUAGGAUUCACACAAGUUUACACGCUCAACUGACAUUAGCUGAUUAGCUUGGAUUAAGAACCCAAGCGUUCUCGUCAGUCUUUGUAAAUUUGUAGAUGAGCAUAUCGCCAUCAUCCACUUCUCUCCGCAAACCCAGGAGCUAGUGAGACCUCAGCAAUGGAAAGCCAGCUUGGAAACUAAGGACAGGAUUUGGUGCAUGCUGCCAUGUUGUUAUGUGAAGAUUACAUUGGAGAGUGAUUCAAUAAAGAUUGACCAAUGAGAGUCAGGAUGAGGAAGGUUACGCUAGGAAACCUGGUGCUGGCAGUGGUUGUCUCCCUUGCUAUCCUGUCCCUGUACUCCAUGUGGAGCCUGCCUCCCAGUAUAUCAAACAGGUCUAAGCUGGUGGCCAGGAAGGAUUUUUUACAGAAAUCAAAGAAAACAAUCAAGUUGUCUCCAGAAGAUCAACCCAUGGGCUCCCUCUUGAAACAGUUGGGAGAGAGAGAUUUCGAUUACAUCCGAAAAGAGCGUCUGUACAAUUUGAGGAGGAAGUGUGAGAAAGCAGAGGAAGCAAAACUGAUAAAGAAGGAAGUCCCAGCCAAGAAACUAGGCCACAUCAUAGUCAAUGACCAGUAUAAAGUUUUGUUUUGCUACAUACCAAAGGUUGCCUGCACCAACAUGAAGAGAGUCUUCCUCAUUCUGACUGGUCAGAUGAACACUACAAAUCCAUUGGCUUUAAAGAGUAAAGAUGUUCACAUGAGUUUGGAUAAAUAUUUGACCUACUUAGAUUCAUAUUCGGAUGAAGAAGCUGCCGAAAAGCUUCGAACGUACAAAAAGCUCAUCUUUGUGAGAGAACCUCUAGAAAGAUUGCUGUCGGCGUAUCGAAACAAAUUCAUUGAAAAAAGUGCCUAUUUUCAUAAGAGAUUUGGAAGAAGAAUUGUCCGCAAAUUUCGAGAUGGAGUGAACAAGUCGCAGGAAAUACAGGGAAACGAUGUGACGUUCCUAGAGUUUGUCCGCUACAUCACUGACGAGAACACGAUGGAGAACGAGGGGUUCAAUGAACACUGGGCUCACUACUCCGCCCUCUGUCACCCCUGUCACGUGCAAUAUGACUUAAUCGGGAAGUACGAGUCCAUUGACGAAGAUGUCAACUUUGUGUUAAAAGAUUUGAAGAUAGACGAGCUGAUAAAGUUUCCAAAAAGAAAUGCCACCUAUCGACGAACGAAAACCGGGGACCAACUCGAGUCAUUCUACAAAACUAUUCCUAAAGAUCUCCUGGGAAAACUAUGGAAGAUUUAUCGCUCGGACUAUAAUUUGUUUGACUAUCCUUACCCACAAUUCCUGGAGAAGUUUCUUGCUCCGGAGGAUGAAGUGUAAUGGCAAACAUCACAAUAAUGAACUAUUACAAGUAUUAUACAAUUAUAGCAAGUACAAUGUAUUUGUUUUUGUACAAUUCAGUUUUACACAAUUAGAACUAAACAUAUUUAUAGAUGUAUUUUGUAUUCAAGACUAUGCUAUUGUGAAAGUAUGAAUAUGAAAAAGUAUUUUUUUAGAUAAUGUUUAUCUAAGUAUGUUUAAUUUUUAGAAAUUUUAUAUGAUUUUUUCUUGAUUUAUUUUUCACUUAUAAGGAAAUCCAUGACCAGGUUGUUUAUACUUGUAAUCAUGUAAUUAGACAGAUUAUGAUUUUUACUUUGAAGUCUUCCUUUCAUUUAAUUAUUACAUGUAACUUGUUUAUGACAAUAUUUAUUUACAUGUAAUUGUUAAAUCCAAUCAAAAAUUAUAUACAUUUAUUUGUUCAAUAACAUUUUAAUGCAAGUGCAAUCAAAAAAGCAAAAAAAAGGCCAUCCUACAACAGUUCAAACUUAAUCCUCAACAAAUUAAAAAACUUGCGGAAAUCUUUUGUCAUUUUUUAUGAAAAAAAUAACAAUAUUACAUGCCCACAAACCUAUGUUAAACUGGCAACCCAUGAAAAUUGUCCCUGUGAAUUUGAUAUUUGCACAGUUGUUCAGUGCCAUUCUCAAUAACAAUACAAACAUUUUUAUGGUUAUUUCUUUUUUGUAAACUUACCAAUAUUCUCAGGAAUAUCGCAAGAUUUCUAAGUACAACACAUUGUUGCAUGUAAAGGCAAAAACAUUAAUAUUACAGUAUUUCUGUUACACUUGGUAGGAUUUUGGUUUGACAAGCAUAACCAUAGUGACUAUUGCGAUACACUUAAAAAAUCCUCUUUGUAGUGCUACUUUCAGGAAGUUGUCUGUUCCACCUCUCCUUAUAUUGUUCCAUCUCUCUUUAUUUUGAUCCAUCAUUUGUCCUGAUAUCCAGGUUAAGAGGGUUCUAUGAGGACAGAUUGGUGUAUAUGAAUCAAUCCUACAAAUUCAUGAAGCUAAUUCUUUUUUUUAUAUUAAUAAAGGGGCAUUGUUGUUUUACACUUUUUGUACAAGUUAUUGUUUAACGAUCUCUUUUUUUGUUGAAUUUUUUGACAUCUUUAAUUAUUAAAGCCCACCAUACUGAAAUCCAGUUUCCAUGUGUUUUUGACGUUAUUUGUGAUGCAAUCAUUUUUGUUAGAAGAGUUGUAUGAUAAACCGUUUAAAUGGAAUACAGAUCGGGCGGUAUAUGUUUAAAUACCAUUCAAAAUGGAAUGCUAAGUGUCGUUGCAGAAUAUGUGUAUACAAGCUCUUGUGAGUAAUGAUUUUGAUGAGGUUCAAUAGAUUUCCACAGUUAUUCUUUAUAGCAUAGAAAAAAAUGAUAAUUGAUGCUUUUCUUGUCACAAAAAAUCAUGUUAGUCUACAAGAAUUUCCUUUGUUUAAAGUGUAGAUACAACCUAUAGGACAACACGUGAAUAUUUUAUUCCAUUGUUUAGUAUCAUAUGUUGCAUUACCAUUUAUUUUUUGAUAAAAUAUUGUGGCAUGGAAAGGUGUUUGUUCAGAGUUGCUGGUCUUCAUUUAUUAUGAAAUGUUAAAUUUGCUGGCAUUCUAGUCUUAUUUUGUUCUGUUUGUUCAUUGUAGUCUUUGUUCAACAUAGCCUUUUUUCUAUUGUAUCUCUGUAUGUUUAUUUAGUAUUUUAAUAUUAAUGUUU